AUUUUCCACAAUCCCAUCCAGGAGAACUGAACAGCAAGCAAGAAGCACACGAUGAUGUUGCUUGGCGGCGUGUUGAGGCGCAGCACUGCGCGAUGCUGUGGAACGAUGAUGGCAGCACAGGGGCAGCAGAGUGUUCUUGCACUGGCUGCAAGGCGGACACCCAUGCCCGUGCACGCCUGCAUUGGCUCCUCUAUGACCCGACACAUGGCGACAGACACUGUCGAUGAGGAAGAAAAGAAGAGGCAACGGGAGAUUGAGGCACUUCAGGCGCGCAACGUUGAUCGCUCGCUGCUGCGUCAGCUGCCGUUCAACGACUAUGUCAAACUCCGCCGCAAGCUCAGCAUUCGCGGCUACCUCUUUGGCGUCCCUUGCUUCUUCACAGGCAUCGUUGGCUCCGCCUACGUCUGCGCAACACAAAUUCCCAACCUUAUGCCAGAGACUGCAGAACAAGUCGAGCCCAUCAUGGGUUUGGACCCGAUGCUGUUUGCGACGCUGACGACGACGCUGUCUGGGUUUGUGAGCUUCUUUGUUGGCACAGCGCUCUUCAAAGUGCUGUGGAGAACAUUCUUCAGGCAGCACGCAGCCAUGCUCGACGCGAAUGCUUCGGGCGACUUUGCCCAGCACACCUCUCCCGUCAGCAUGUCGAUCCAGAAGAACCGAUGCGCCAUUGCGUAA